UGUAAAUAUAAAUACCUACCUACCUUGGUACUCAGCUGAACCCUUCCCACAUGAAUACGGUCUACCAGUGAUUUAUCUUGAACAGUCUUGCCUUCUGGCCUACCCUACCUGGCUUACUCACCUCCUCCCUCGUCUCCAUAUCUAUCUCGACUUAGCUCCUGCCUUUUGUUUUAACUCAAAACUGCCUAGUUUCAGCUGUCGUUCAUUGUACUACCUCGAGUCUAGCGAGGAUCCUCAGUGCCACCUCCAUAAUCACAAAAUCAACCCCCCUCCCGUCUCUUGCUGUAGCAAAAUAUUCACCGUCCACCAGAACAGGCUGGCCAGUCACUGUGACUCCAAUUCACCAGGACAGCACCCGAAUUUACAUACUUGCGACGACUAGCUACCUUACGCAACUCCGUGCUCAGAAUAGAGGUGUUGGGAUUACAUCACCUUUUCACCGGCAUAUUUAGCCAUCCUGAUCCAAACGGCCGACGUCCAACGGCUCUUCUGGACUUCACGCAGUAUCACACCAGCCAGUGAGACCGCAAUGACUCCCGAAGCUUCCAAGGCGCCCGUUGUGGCAGAGGCGCAUGAAGUCGACACUUACCAUCCUCCCCAGAAAAUGCUUGACAAGCAUCCCAGCAAGCCUCAUAUAGCCAACCUCGAGGAGUACCAGCAGCUCUACAAGGAGAGCAUCUCCGAGCCUAAGCAAUUCUGGGCACGGAUGGCACGAGAGCUUUUGACAUGGAGUCGGGAUUUCGAAACGGUUUACUCGGGGAGCCUCUCUGCUGGCGACAGUGCCUGGUUCCUGGAGGGCGAGCUCAACGCUUCGUAUAACUGCAUCGACAGGCAUGCGCUCAAGGAUCCAAACCGAGUGGCCAUCAUAUACGAGGCGGACGAUCCGAGCAGCGGGCGAACCCUGACCUACGGCGAGCUGAUGCGCGAGGUUUGCAGGACAGCACAUGUUCUCCGUCAGAUGGGUGUUCGCAAGGGGGACACUGUAGCCGUGUACCUUCCCAUGAUCCCCGAGGCGCUCAUCGCAUUUCUGGCCGUCACUCGCAUUGGCGCUGUUCACUCCGUUGUGUUUGCAGGUUUCUCGGCUGACUCGCUGCGCGACCGCGUUGUUGAUGGCCAGUCCAAGGUCGUUAUCACUACUGACGAGGGCAAGCGCGGUGGCAAGCUGAUUGGUACAAAGCGCAUCGUUGACGAGGCCCUGAAGAACUGCCCAGAUGUUAGUCACGUGCUGGUUUACAAGAGGACGGGCGCAGAUGUGCCCAUGAUGCAGGGGCGCGAUUUUUGGUGGCAUGAGGAGGUUGAGAAGUGGCCAAACUAUAUCCCGCCCGUCCCCAUGAACUCGGAAGAUCCACUGUUCCUUCUGUACACGUCCGGUUCUACAGGCAAGCCAAAAGGUGUUAUGCAUACCACCGCCGGCUACCUGUUGGGCGCCGCCAUGACGGGCAAGUAUGUCUUCGACAUCCACGACGGGGAUCGCUUUUUCUGCGGCGGUGAUGUUGGCUGGAUUACUGGACACACAUAUGUCGUUUACGCUCCUCUGCUUCUGGGUGUUUCAACGGUCGUGUUCGAAGGCACCCCAGCGUACCCAACUUUCUCUCGCUACUGGGACAUCAUCGACCAGCACAAGAUCACUCACUUUUACGUUGCCCCGACUGCUCUCAGGCUGCUAAAGCGUGCAGGAGACCAGUGGGUCAAGCAUGAAAUGAAGCACCUUCGGGUCCUGGGCUCUGUCGGAGAGCCCAUUGCAGCCGAGGUGUGGAAAUGGUACUUCGAGAUCGUUGGAAAGGAACAGGCGCAAAUCGUGGACACCUAUUGGCAAACAGAGACGGGCUCCAAUGUCAUUUGCCCUCUCGCGGGCGUCACCCCAACCAAACCAGGCUCUGCCUCGCUGCCUUUCUUUGGCAUCGAACCUGCCAUCAUUGAUCCCGUAUCUGGUGAGGAGAUCCACGGCAAUGACGUUGAAGGAGUGCUUGGUUUCAAACAGGCAUGGCCCAGCAUGGCGAGGACAGUGUGGGGUGCCCACAAGAGGUAUAUGGAGACUUAUAUGAACGUUUACAAUGGAUUCUAUUUCACUGGAGACGGUGCUGCACGGGACCAUGAAGGGUUUUAUUGGAUCAGAGGCAGAGUGGACGACGUUGUUAACGUGAGUGGCCACCGACUGUCAACAGCGGAGAUUGAAGCCGCGCUACUCGAGCAUCAUUAUGUUGCCGAGGCUGCCGUUGUAGGUAUCCAGGACGAGCUCACGGGUCAGGCAGUGAAUGCAUUUGUGUCGCUGGCCGAGCAUGUUACAACGGACAACGACGAGUCCCUGAGGAAGGAACUCAUUACCCAGGUUCGGCGUAGCAUUGGCCCCUUUGCGGCACCCAAAGCCGUGUUCGUCGUCCCAGAUUUACCACGCACAAGGAGUGGUAAGAUCAUGCGGAGAAUUCUCAGGAAGAUCCUCGCCGGCGAGGAGGACCAGCUUGGCGAUGUCAGCACUCUUUCGGACCCGACAGUGGUUGAUAGAAUCAUCACGACCGUCCAUGAGUACAAGAAGAAGUAGUUGUUGCGCUUCAGCACACAGCAAUGACCGAGCUGAAUAUGACGCAAUAGAAAUGCAGUGCACGGCGAGUCGACUUUGCCGUCGAUUUUCCGUAUUGCAAGUCUCAUGAAGAGGAGAGGUACCCAAGCUUAUUGAGAAAGCUCGAACUGUCGAGCGGCCGGUGAACUUUAUCGGGUGACUACUCUUAUUAAUCGGUUGGCCACUAAGGUAGCGAGUGAUGGAUGACUCAAGAAUACCUACAUGGCCACAUUUGGCUUAGUCUGUUCACCACAUAUGGAACAAAGCCUACACGCGGAUGUCAUAGGCGGAGCUACCUAUUGGCCCAGCGGCUCCAGAUAUCAUGUCUGCGAUGAUAGGUAUCGAGGGGGCGAUCUAAUGCUUGGGUCAUACAUCUCCAAAGAAAUAUAGAUAAUAUAAAAUCGAAAGUGACAUGUGUUGGGCUGCACAAGCCGGCAAGCGAGCUAUAGUGAUGAUUGGGUUACAUUCGAAUAGGAGAGUGUUACCAUAGUUCGGACAGGCUGACG